AUGUUCUUCGCAUCCAUAAUGGCAGAUACAUUCAGAUUCUGUGGGGAUUUUCUCCAUGUGGCCUCAAAAGCUGUGCUGAUAACAAAAAUAGCGAGAACAAGAUCCUGUAGCGGGUUAUCGCUCAAAACCCAGUUUCUGUACUCGAUGGUUUUCAUAUUCAGAUAUAUCGACUUGUUUGACUUCUAUGCCAGAGGGCCUCUCGGAAUAUACAACUCCAUAAUGAAAGUCCUAUUUAUCGGAUUCCAGGUUCUUAUCCUCUUCAUGAUGAGGUUCAAAUACUUCUCCACCUAUGACAAGAAGUGGGACAAGUUCAACAUCUUGACCUUGAUCGUCCCAUCCUUUGUAUUUUCGUUGUUCUUUACCCGGGGUGGAAGCAGUGUCUACCAGUAUAUCUCCAAUGUUUUGUAUACGAUGUCUCUGUUCCUUGAGAGUGUUGCCAUCCUCCCACAGCUUGUCCAACUCCAAGAGGCCGGCGAGUCAGAGACAAUGACUUCAAAGUACGUUCUUCUGCUCGGUCUUUACAGAGCCUCGUACACUGUGUACUUCAUUCUCAAGAAGGUCUAUGACAUAGGAAGGACCGGAAACAUUCCCAUUGCAUGUGGAAUUGUCCAGACGCUGCUGUAUUUGGACUUCUUUGCAAUUUACUACAGAUAUGUUUUUAGGAGAUCCGGAAUAUCGGAAAGCCUUCCCUCGUCAAACAUUAAAGGUGAGUUAUAA